GGGGGUUGGCUGUAGCCUGUAACAACCCUGAAGUAGGAAUUGCUUCAAUAUUAAAUAUUCAUGAACCAUGCCGUGGCAACUGUUACCUGACUGUCUAUAUAAAAAUGCUUUGAACUCCUACUUUUACUUUCACAAUAGUUUGUAAAAGCACUGCAGCAGUCGAAGAGCAUUUGGAAAAAGGUCUGGAAGCUGGUGUAUAAAAAUGUGGAAAAUGUGGAAAAUGUUUGAAAGUUGGUGGUGGAACACACCAAAUACAGUGGAGAACAAACCACAGCUCCUUGAUAAACCAUGGAGGCCUGUUAAAUGGGACACUGGGACAAAAGACAAGCUCAAACAAUCUGUGCAAAAUUAUGUACCCACUAAACAUUCAGUUCCUGAGGCUCGGAUUCUUCUAGUUGGUGCGAUUGGUGCUGGAAAAUCGAGCUUCUUCAACUCCAUCAACUCUGUCUUCCGUGGCAACAUAACAGGCCAAGCCAGGGCAGGACUGAAACCCGUCAGCCAGACAACAAAGUAUCGCACUUACCAGGUGAAGGCGGGUCGAGAUGGACAACCUAUGGCAUUCCUACUGUGUGACACCAUGGGAGUGGAACAUGCUGAAUAUGGAGGGUUGGUGAUUGAAGAUAUUGACAGCAUCCUGAAGGGCCACAUACAAGACAAGUACACUUUCAACCCUAGAUCACCAUGGAAACCUGUUGACAGUCAGGCAAAGUACCAAUUGCCACUUUCGGAGAGGAUCCACUGCGUGGUUAUUGUGAUGGACACCAACAAAUUAAAAAUUGUGCCAGAUGCGACAUGGGUGAAACUUCGGAACAUCCAGCACAAAGUUGAAUCAUAUGAUGUCCCUCUACUGGUGCUACUGACCCAAGUGGACAAAGCUUGCCCACAUGUGGAAAAGGACAUAAGAGAUGUGUACCACAGCUGCUACAUACAGGAGCUGAUCAACAAAGUAGCUGACCGUCUGGGCAUCCCAGUGUCGCAGGUGCUUCCAGUGAAGAAUUACUCCCAUGAGAUUGAGCUGGACACGUGCUGUGACGUCCUGCUUCUCACUGCAAUGCAGCAGAUGCUAAACUUUGCUGACAAUUACUUUGACAAUUUUAAUAAUGGCACAGAGUAGAGAUGUUCCAGAAACAUGUGUGAUCAGUGCCAUCACAUUUCUCUCAUGGUGUUGAGAGCCACUGUCCAGCUGUUGUACCCAGUACCAUGUUAGAUUCCUAUUUGUUAUAAUUAUGCAGAAAUCUAUUUCUUUACCCUAAUUACACACAAGCCUUUUUUUGUUAGAUUUCAAAUUCUCUUUUUACUUGGCGAUGAAUGAUGUGUGCAUAAAACCAAAGAUAUCAUCAAGUGUACAGUGUAACCCUACACUGGAUUAGAUGCUAAGCUAAUAAAAAUGACCUGGUGAUUCUCAACUGAA